AUGGAAACCACCUCAAGCCAGGGGGUGCGGCAGCCGCUCCCCCGCCCCACCUGUCAGGGGAAGCCGGGCCCGCAGCCGGCCCAGGCCCCCCAAGCCCUGGCCACCCCGGGGGACACGAGCCAGCCCACACGCCGGGGAGCUGAGCCCGAGACGCCCCGCAGCAGCGCCGGCGGCGGGAGACGGCCCCGGAGCCGGCGCGGGUCCCGGCCGCCCCGCCCCGCAGGCCCCGGCAGCUCCCACCUGUGCAGGGCGGCGGGGCGCGGGCCUCCCUCGGCGCGGCAGCUCCUGCCUGUCCCCGGCCCGGGCGGAACCAGAGUGCGGGGGGCCCCGGGAGGCGGCGACGUGGGGCCGCGCCGAACCCCGCCCCCGCCCCCGCCCGCCAGCGGGGCGGGGACACGCGCUGCCCAAUCCCAGCGCGCCGCCCCCAGACCGCCGGCCAAUCACCGCGCGCCGCCGGGCUGCCGGGCGCGGGGCUGGAAAGCCGCGCUCGCCGGCAGCCGCGCGGAGGUAGGAGCGCUCCGGAGAGCGGCCGCCGGCGGCCCCAGACCCACCCCGGCGCCCCAGGUCCCGGAGCCCGCAGCCCCUUCCCCUCAGGUCCGGGGCACCUGGCGACCCUGCACCCGGGGGCGGAGCAGCGCGGAGCCCCGCCCCCCCGGAAGUUCCUACCUGUGGGGGCGGGCGCGGCGGAACCACAGCGCUGGGGGGGGGGGCGAGACUCCGGCCCCACUUCCCGCGAGAACCCGGCGGGGAGGGCGGGGACCCAUCGCCCAAUCACAGCGCUCCGCCCGCAAUGAGGGCGGGCCAGGAUGGGACCCGCCGUCCAAUCCCAGCGCGCCGGAGGGGACGGGGGCUGCCGCCUGCCCGGGCCCGGGCAAGGGGCGGGUCUUGCGGGCGGCGCCCCGGGAGCCCCCCGCGGGACAGUCCGGUCCCGUCCCGCAGCCCCCGCCCCCGCCUCUCCCCGGGAGCCCAACCGACCGGAGCUCAUGGGAGCCCCGCAAAUCCCCCUCCCCGCAAUCUCCCCCCCGCCGGCCCCCCGCACCGCGGCGCGGCCCCGCCCCGCCGCCGGGUGGAGCGAAAGCGACCGGGGCUGUUGUUCCAUCGGGCACGUGGUGA